AGAAGGCAGUCACUCCACCACACUUGCAGGAGACCAAAAUACCAUUAUAACACUUGUCUACGACGCGCCAAUGAACUCUCCUGCAUAGUGAGUUCAAAUGGCAGUUGUUACGCAAAAAAAGAUUGAUACUGGAGGAAAAAUGUUCUAAUCGACCAAAUCGAAUACCAUUGAAUUGGAACUGAGUGGAGAGCUCGGGCGUCUUGAGUCCUAUAAUGAAUACGCACGAAAACCCAAACGUGAGGCGACUCUCGGAAUGAACUACAAUGACAACUUGCGAGGACAAGUGGCCAACAACAAACCUCAAUAUCAGCCCAGCGCGCAAUCCUUGCGGUUCAUCAUUCUGCUGAUCCUCGUCAUGGGGGUGGCGCCGUCCCCGGCUCUGACGGCGGGAUGCCCGGCACGCUGCGUGUGCGAUGACCAGCUGGUGGUCCAGUGCGCCGGGCAGCACCUCACCACCUUCCCCACCGAAAUGCCACUCUCCACGAGGCAGCUCAUCAUCUCCAACAACCGCAUCAUGGAGCUUCCGCCGCUUCAGCUCAACUACCUGUCGGACUUGGUGUAUUUGGACUGUAGCAACAAUUCACUGACGGAGAUUUCGGAGUCCACAUUCGGUAACCUGCGGAAACUUGCUUACCUGGAUUUGUCCUUCAACACCUUGACGCGGAUAGAGGACAGGACGUUCGGGCCGCUGUCCAGCCUCGUGAUGCUGAGGAUGACGGACAACCCCGGCCUGUGGGACAUUCACCCAGACAGUUUUGCGGAGAACUCGGCGCUGCAGGUGCUGGACGUUAGUAGAAACAACCUGACGGUGCUCAACAUCAGCUCUCUCAUCGGGCUGCCCACCCUGCGCUCUGUCGGCCUCAGCGGGAACCCCUGGAGCUGCGACUGCGACAAUGAAGACCUCUGUCUUUGGAUCCACGUUGAGGGAUUCAAGUUUCAAGACGAGGGCCAGACGGUGUGUGGUGGUCCUCCUGACCUGCGGGGGCAGCGCUUGGGUGAGCUGGGGCUGCAGCUGCGGUCACGGUGCCACCAGGGCCUGGGAUCGUGGGACUACCUGUUCUUCAUCGCCAUCGGCUUCGUCAUCUUCGCGGCGGGCACGGUGUCGGCGUGGGCCAUCGGGGUGGUCAUGGUGCUGUACGAACGCUACGUCAAGAAGAAGAGUGAGCAGAUGGACCCUGAGGAUGAGGUGGAGCAGGGCGCAGGACCUGGCACGGGGAGCGGGGGUCGUCACGAUGGCAAUGGAGGUUUGAAAAACACUGGUCACAUAGUGGUUUGACUCCUCCCUGUAG